AUGUGUGGUCACACAUAUCAUCGAAAUAAGAUCGUUAAAGCACAGAAUAAGGUUUAUUGGCGGUGUGAAGAUAGAGACUGUGGGGCAUAUAUUCAUACAACAUUAUCAAAUGUUUAUCUUAGUAAUAAUGAAACACCUCACAUACACGAGCCAAAUAUGGAUGAUGUAUUUAUUCAACAAUUUAAGGCACAAGUUAUCAAACGUGUUCGUUCUGAAUUAGUAACACCAGGUGUGAUUCAUUCAGAGGAACUAGCAAAAGCAAACAUGUCGCCAUCUGCUAUGGCAAAUUUACCAAUUGCUCAAUCCAUGCGUAAAUCUAUGCUUUGA